AUGCCCCGGCGUCGCCCCAAGUCCCGGGCCCAGCAGGUGGCGCCCAAGGGGUUCCCCGGCAGGGACACUCGCUGGAGGAAAGACCCGCUGCUGCCCAGUUGGCCUCCGUGCGAUCUCCGAUCGGAGUGGAGAUCGGGGGGCUCGAGGGCCUCGGGGGGCAGCGCCGAGUGGUGGCAGGAAUCCAGCGGCGAGUCCUUGCCCACAAAGCCAGGGGUGGAUGUCCGUUGCCCCUCGCCGUGCGUGCCUUUUCUGCCCACCGUGGCCCCGCGGGCGGCGCGGAACAGGACAGGGCUGAGGUCGCUGCUGUCGCCGCCCGUGCUCCUGGCCGGAGCGCCCCAGACACCUGCACGCGCGCGCCCCAGGCCUGGAGUGUGGGAGGACUUCUCCAGGGGCUCCAUGGAGGGCGAGGACUCCUUGGGCCCCGGCCUGGCAGAGUUCCUCCCUACCAGGUUCCGGGAGUUCCUGCACAAGCUCGGGGUGCAGUGGGUUGAGCAGCCACAGCCACCGACAUCCUCAGAAUCACAUCAAAGGGGUGUGUCAGAGCCCUGGUGGGGACAUUCUGCUCAGUGUUCUAGCUGCUCCUUCCUCCCCGACCUGCGGUGCCAGUCAUCGAACUCCCAGAACAGUUUCAAGAAGGUUUUGCUCCAUCAGGUACCUACCCUGGGGCCACUAAGGAAAGACCACACACAAUUCACCAAGGUCAAAAAGGCCAACAACCCCCAUGGUCUGCAGGCCCCCAAGCUCAAGGCCUCGCUCACCCACAGCUCCUCGGGGGAAGGCUCAGGGCACUGCAGGCGGUAUUGCCCGUUCAGGGUGCGGUUCGCUGACGAGACCCUGCAGGACACGGUGCUCCGCUACUGGGAGCGCAGCUGUGCACUCCAGCAGGGCAUCACCGAGAGCAGCCAAGCCACCCAGCCGGCGGCGCCGGAGCGUGUGUUUGGCAGCAUCAGGAGAUGGCUGGAGAAUUUGCCCAGCGCCCUGAACUCCAGGACCAAGGAGGAGGCCACGGCCAGCUCCCCGUCCAGCUGGGACCGCCCCAGCCUGCUGAUCCCGGAGCUGCAGAGACCCCUCUCUGAGAACAUCUGCAUGAACAGCAGGCAGCCCUUCACCCCCAGGGCCACCACCCAGCGGCAGCAGAGAGACCACAAAACCGUCCUGGGUUCCCACAGCAUUCUUGACCAGGUGGGCAAAUCGCCCAGCGCCUUGAGCCAGAAACUGUAUUUCUAUUUUAUGGGGAGCCUGCGGGUCUCAGAGGAGGCCUGA